CCGACGGGGGCCCGCUGUGCGCCGCCUGCCGCAUGGCCGCGGGGCCCGAGCCGCCCGAGUGGGAGCCGCGCUGGAGGAAGGCGCUGCGCGGCAAGGAGAAUAAAGGGUCUGUGGAGAUCAUGAGGAAAGAUCUGAAUGAUGCGAGGGACCUGCAUGGUCAGGCCGAGUCUGCUGCUGCCGUGUGGAAGGGUCACGUGAUGGAUCGCAGGAAGAAGGCUCUGACGGACUACAAGAAGCUGCGGGCCUUCUUUGCUGAGGAGGAAGAGCGCUUCUUACAGGAGGUGGAGAAAGAGGAGGGGUCCCCCGAGGAUGAGGACGCGGACCCAGCGGAGAGGUUCAGGUCCCUGCUGCAGGCCGUCUCGGAGCUGGAGAGGAGGCACCACGACCUGGGCCUCAGCAUGCUGCUCCAGUGAUCUGCCCGGGUGCAGGCAGAGGAAGGACACCACCCCAGCCCACAGCAGCUCCUUCAUCCGCCUUCUGGACCCACGGUGCCCUGCACGCUUCACCCCUGAGGGUCUUCACCUCAGUGUGGAUCCCCAGCUGGGGUUGUUCCUAGUGGCCCUCUGCAGAGUGUCCCUUUUCUCUGGGUGUUCGUGUUUCCAGGCCGUGACAUUUCACCUUAGAGCCCCGUGUGGGGAGGUUAACCUGAGUGUGUCCCUCUCUUCAUAAAGCUCUUGUCGCUGCUGC